CCGUAAGAGAAAAUCAUUUUUAUUUGUAAUGUUAACAUCAUUUAUCUCCAAUGUAUAGUUGAUCUGGAAUAUAUCCACAAGAGUAAGGGUAAAUUAAUCGCAUAACAAUAAUAGUAAAGACGACAAUAUGAUGUAACAGAAAGUAGGUUCGAUUUUUAUUAAAAACACAAGGUGUGUUACAGUGGAGGAGAAAAACAAACAGAUUUGUUUACAUUACAUUUGGCGCAUAUAUACUUGUCAUACAUCAAAUAAGAUAGCUAAUGAAAAAGCCACUACUACUAAUUUGAGUGUUAUAAUUCUGAUUAGAAUAAGCAAUAUUUUGUUUGUCAUUAAUGAAUAGAUCACAAAGAAGAAAAAGAAUGGUGUGCAAUAGUACAUUAAAUCAAUUUCUUUUAAUUAGGUAUCUCGGACUGGAACAUUGUACUGGCAAUAAGCACGAAUAAUAAUGUUACGAAUUAAUCAAAUAAAAUUAUGUGAUCAUUUAACAUUUUAAAAAAAUUAAUGUUACGUACAUAAACAAAACGCAAUUUGGUCCAUAUAUGUUUUAGAUAUAAAGAUUUUUUACCAAAUGUAUUUGUAAAAAAGAAGAUCAUUUGACUAAAGACAUAAGAAAGAACGUGAUAGAGAGAGGAAAACAAUUAAUAAUUUCACCAGCCGUUACCAUCAUUGACAUUGUUGUCAUGGCUAUCACACCACAGUUAGCAGAAAUGGUAGCUAACGAUACAUGGAAGAUGAUAGAAGCAAGCGAAACUAAAGAUCGAGAUGUAAUCACCAAUAAUAAUAAUAAUAAUAAUAAUAAUAAUAAUAAUAAUAAUAAUAAUAAUAAUAAUAAUAAUAAUAAUAAUAGUAAUAAUAAUAAUAACAAUAAUAUGAGAUCAUUUUCACCCAAUAACUUUUGUUUUCGAUAA